GCAGCGGUUCGUUAGAAACCCCUUUUCAUGCCUGCUGGGAACUGCAGCAUUCAGCCCGAGGGACCCUGAACGCUUCAGCCAGCAAACAUGGCCCAAGCGACCGGCGGUGCCUCCGGUUGUCGAGCCUUGGUUAGGACGGGGAUGUACCUGUCGAGCGGACAGCGGCAGAGGAAGAUGUUCGGUCCACAGCGCCGGACGAUGAGCGCUGACCCGGCCGGUACUGGGGGAAACCCCGCGGCCUUGGCCCGACAGGAGCCGCUGGUGUGUUUCUCCGCCGCAGACAGACACUCGACGACCAACCUGAAUCUCAUUUACCGGGACGUGAAGGCUUUCCUCAACGAGGUCGGGGGGAACCCUCGCGAGGCUCGGUACUGGCUGACCCAGUUCCAGAGAGCGACUUCGGCUCAGUCUACUGCUUUUGCCGUUCUGGAGGUGGACAGCUCUGUUUUCGCCAGCAAGGAAAUGGUCCAGAGUCUGGCCUUCGGGCUCUCCUUCCUGCAGCGCAUGGAUAUGAAUCCUGUGGUGGUUAUGGGCCGGUCUGCGUGCGAUGGGACGGGGCCCGCCGAGCUGGCGGCCGGGUCUCUCUGCAACCGAGGGCCAGUAGAGAGGAGCCAGCAGCUGACCGAGGCUCUGCAGCAGCACUCGGCCUCGGUCCUGCCGCUCUUCUCCGCUGAGUCCUUCCUCCUUCUGCAUGAAGCCCUGCGUGGCAGCAGCGCUCCGCCCUCUGUCGCCGUGGAUACCAGCCUACUCCAGUGGAGCCUGAACUGCGGGACGAUCCCAUUGGGCCCGGUGGGGAGGGACGGGCGGGGCCGCUCGGUGUCGUUGGACUCGACGGAUGUGACGGCGGCCAUCUCCCGAGCUCUACAACCCCACAAAGUCAUGUUCCUGAACAACUCAGGAGGUCUCCGCAGCAGAGAAAACAAGGUUUUGGACAUAGUGUCGUUGCCCAGCGACCUGCCCAGUCUGUCCACGGCGGCCUGGCUGAGUGCCGCGGAGCGCCGCAGAUUGACGGCCAUAGCCAGACUGCUCAAUCAGCUGCUGACCGAGUCCUCCGCUGUGAUCACCUCCGCGGACACACUGCUGACCGAGCUGUUCAGCCACAAAGGGUCGGGGACACUCUUCAAAAAUGGAGACCCCAUACAUCGGUACAGUUCUCUGGAGGGCAUUGAUGCCGAGCGUCUGCUGGCCCUCAUCAACAAGUCGUUUGACAAAACUCUGAGGCGAGACUACAUCGACUCCCUGAAGGGACGACUGCACUCCAUCUAUCUCUCCGAAGGCUACAGCGCGGCGGCCAUCAUCACCGUUGAGCCGGUGAACAGCGGCACCCCCUACCUCGACAAGUUUGUGGUGAGCAGCAGCAAGCAGGGUCAGGGUACCAGCCACAUCCUGUGGGAAUGUAUCAGACAGGACCUGGGCAAACUGUUCUGGAGGUCUAAAGCCACCAACAGGAUCAACCCCUGGUAUUUCAAACAUUGUGAUGGCAGCUACCUUAAUGGGGCAUGGACCGUCUUCUGGUUUGGUCUGGCAGACAUCAGAGAUUCCUACGAGCUGGUGGAGUAUGCCAAGAACCUCCCCGACUCUUUCCACGUCUCCUCCCUCACCACCUCCGGCGGAUCCUGAACCACCACCUCACAGCUGCUGGUUGUGUGGCUCCCUAACUCUGCUAUGAAUCUAUCAAUAUUGUUUCCUUAUCUUGGCUCUGACUUGACUUUUUUUCUAUUCUAGAUUUUUUUUUUUUUUUUUUUUUUUCCCUCUCCCUUUAAAAACUUGAAAAACAAAGCUGCUGUGAGAAUUUCAUACUUUCGGUAUAUUGACGAGCUGUUGAUCAUCCUCUAUUUUUAGAGCUAGGGUUAGCUCUAAAGCUCAAGUGUUUGCCACUACAUUUUCCACUUUCACCAUUUUUACUUUGUUUUUUUAUUUUUAUUAAUCCAGACAAACUGUUGUUUUUCACACUUGUGAUGCUGCAAAGAGUGGAGGAAUCUCAAAACUACAGUCUUAUGUAUUUCCCAAAGACUGUGUGGCAUUACAAAAUUGUUCCUCACAAUUAGAAACAUAAAGUCGUAGUUUAAGGGGGAAUUGGAGUGUGUAAAAAUGUUAUGGUCAUAUGUUUGCAUAUAUCACUUGUUAAGUUACUUGAAUACACAAAUAAAACUUACACUUAAAAAAGUGGUGCUAUUUUAUAAUUUAUAUUUAUUGAUAUUUAAUAGAUUUGGGUAAACCUUAAGGGAGCACGACAAAA